AUGCUAAAACUCCCACGUGGUAAGGCCCCCAUCCCUGUCCAACCCCAAGGUCCGGCGGUCAUUUUCUACCUGGCUGUUGAGUCCCUGAAGUCAUCGGAGGACACCAAACGCCACGCCAUUAAGCCAGGAACUGAAGGCAUUAGGAUCCAAAGUGUACGAAUGGUGGACAAGUCAGGCGUCGUGGUUCGGACCGCUAAUUUGGAGGCUGCGCAGAAACUCAAGGCAGCUGCACCACCAUCACUCAAAGCAGCGGACCCCAAAACUCACAUCCGAGUCAUCGGCAUCGAUGAUGCGGUGACGACGGAGGUGCUGGUUCAGGCCCUCGCCAAGGCAGGGGACUGCCCUGCCCACCAAAUCAAGACAAUGAGUAGCUCGGAAGGGGGAAAGCCCCCUCCUAACGUGUUUAGACCUCGGGCGUCCUUACAGAGGACCCCUCCUGGCGGUAGAUCGCAGGACGUCCCACCGAGGACACCGAGCCCACCGCAAUAUAGGACCAUAAUGGAGUCGGCGGCGGAUAUUUCGGCUAAAAUGAGCUCGUCGGAGGAGGGAGGUCCUCCCCCCAAGGAGCCGUUUGCCCCGAGGAAAUCGCUGAUGCGGACUCCGCCGGGGCGUUUCGCGGCACCUGCGCGCAGUCAGGGAGCGGUGGAUGCCGAGCUGGUGGCGUCGGCGGUGUACCGGGCGGUGGUGGCUUCACUGUCGCCCGGAGCGUCGCCGUCGGCGUGUGUUAGCGCACCGCAGCCCUCGUUGGCGCAGGUUCCUUCGUACGCGAAUAUGUUGAAACUUCCACGAGGUAAGGCCCCCAUCCCUGUCCAACCCCAAGGUCCGGCGGUCAUUUUCUACCCGGCUGAUGAGUCCCUAAAGUCAUCAGAGGACACCAAACGUACUUUGCAGAACGCUAUAAAGCCAGGAUCCGAAGGCAUUCGCAUACAAAGUGUACGGAUGGUUGGCAAGUCGGGCGUCGUGGUUCGGACUGCUAAUUUGGAGGCUGCGCAACAACUCAAGGCAGCGGCACCCCCAUCACUUAAAGCAGCGGACCCCAAAACCCGACUGCCGAGGAUCGCGCUUAGAUUCCUAAGGUCUGACAUUUCAGAAGAGGAUUUCCUAGUAGAUUUACAGAAGGUGAAUCUGUCCGACGAUCCGGAGUGGUCCCUGGAUAAGGUAAAGCAAUCGUGCAAGGUGGCCCUGAAAAAGGAGGUAGGCACGAAGUUCCUAUAUAUCUUGGAGUGCACCAUGCCAAUGCGGGAUAAGCUCAUCCGGUUAGGCAAAGUCUACAUCGGCUGGGACGAGGCGGAGGUAAGUGACCACGCAAGGGCAACUUGUUGUCUGCGAUGCCAGCAAUACGGUCACCCUGAGAAGUACUGCAGAGCGAAGGAGAUGGUGUGCGGUAAGUGUGGUGAUGUCGGCCACAAAGCUACGGAGUGUCAGGCGAAGACCCAAUGCUGCGCUACCUGUAGACGGAUGAGUGGCUCGGAGGGGGGGCCUCCCCCUUCCAACAUCUUUAGACCAAGGUCCUCCUUGCAGAGGACGCCACCGGGUCGGGCGGCGCCGUUGAGGACGCCGAGCCCGCCACCACACCGAACCAUUAUGGAGUCGGCGGCAGACAUAUCUUCGGCAGUUUAUGACGCAGUGAUGGCGUCCCUGUCUCCGGGGCCCUCGCCUCCUCCUCCUCCGUCGACCCCGAAGACGCCGGUGGCUAUGAGGGAGUCGGCGAAGAGAAUGUUGUCACCGGAUGAGUGGACCAAAGUGGUCCAUCCUAAGCGGAGGCAGCAGGCUAAGGUUAGGCAGCACGUGGUUAUUACCACGUGCUUUUUAGGUUAG